AUUACAAAAUGGUAAAUUUGGCGUUCCAUACAUCUGUCGUAACAUCCGGAUGAGGUUCAGGUGCCCGUGCCUUUUCGUUUGAUUGAGAAGGUGUGUUGUUUGCAGACAAUCUCUUGGUGAACGAGAAACCGUUCUCCCACUUGUAUUGAAGCAUAAUCUGGUAGGACUGAAUUAUUAUGGCGAACGAGAACCGUUUUGGGAAGGUCAGCGAUUGGCGUGACUCGACUAGCGUGAAGGCUCUGCCAAGCGAAGCCCGCCCGGGUGAUAGGCUGGAGUUUAAACGUGUUUGCGGUUACUCGCACUGGGCCAUAUACAUCGGGGAACACGACAAGAUCGAACACGCGGUUAUCCACUUUAGUUUGCAUGAAGGAGCGUUGAUAUUCUCCGCCUUGACAUGUUCGUGCAGUGCAGGCAUUGCCAGUAGUCAGCCCGAGAUACGAGCCGACUCAAUCGAGACCGUACUGGGUAAUUCAGGGCAAGUCAGGAUCAAUAACUCAAAAGACAGAGAUACAGCUCCCUUUGAUACCAGCAUUAUCGUCCAAACAGCCAAGGACAAGCAAAAGAGUGAGACGCAACCGAAGUACAGUCUCCUGCGAAACAACUGUGAGCAUUUCGUGAAUUCCUGCCGAUACAACCAGACAGUCAGCGAGCAGGUGAACGACGCCGUUGUGUGGUUGAUUUUUACAGUUACGAAAAACAUUGUCCCAGUGGUGGCAUUCUGCAUAUUUUUGCUCUUCUUUUGGCUGGCGCUGAUGAAUGCCCAGAGGUAUUGGUAAUUCACGGAAUGAAAUUAUGCCGGCAGUAUGCUGAAGUGACGAAUCGCUGUGGAAGUUCAACCGUUAUUAGUUCAGGCCUGGGCAGACGCAUUAAUGAUUUUAUGCCUUUCUUAGCUUCCCCUCCAUAGCGUCUGCAAAUGAUUAGUGGAUCGGGCGGGAUUGGGUCACGCCCCCAAUGAACGAAAAUAGCGCACAAUACAUGUACUUUAAAGUAAAUCUAUUUUGAAAAUGAAAUGAAUGUACAUUUUACCUCGGGCCACUGCAGCCCUAGUCCUCUCUCACCUUCCUAAAAUUUAGUUGUCGAUCCGCGCCGGCCCGGGACUCAAGGGGAAUCCAUAAUUCUGACAGAAAGGGAUAUUUCCUAAUUGGCACAGAAAACUACAGGGGCUUGUCUUGUAAAGUAAACGUGAAUGACGACGUUAUCCCUUUCGUCAGAUCAAAGCAAUUGAAACUCAUAGAGGCAUGGUUUCAAGUUCAUUUAAGAGUUUUUCGUUCAACAUGUGGACUUCAUGCGGAGCUCUGUGCACAUUCCAAAUGAACUUUUGCGUCUGAUCUCAGUACUGCGAUCAAUUAUAAAUAUACAGUAUCUGUUAUGCGAUAGACCUUUUGCGUAUUAAGUCACGUUAGAGGUAUUUCUUCCUAUGGCAUAAGCUAGAAUAAACGUUUUGCAUUCAUUGUAACGAUAUUGAAAUAGCAAAGAACAGCCUCCGAGACGCCAGCAACGCAUAGCCUCUAUAUCUGCAUAAAUCACCGUCUUUUGACAGCGUACUUUUAAAUGAAUAAAGUUAAGUUUAUCUAACUUUGAUCUGUUUGAUAAAAAGACUGGGUUCAUGUACUGUGUGCCUGUUAAGGCUGUAUCAGGAUGCUAACUGCGAUGCAGUGAAAAUUCUAUACAUGUAUCAAUUUUAGCUGUUUCUGUUUUUAAUUUUCCUUUUCACAAAUUAUGCUGAGUUUACAUUGAAGAAGGAAAAACAUUCUUCGUUGACUGAAUAGUCCUCUGUGCAAGAUUUUAGUACAAGUAUUUCCCUGCUCUAAGAACUAUGUACAUGCACAACAAACUGUGUAUAGUUUUUAUAUACCUUUGUACAUUCUUUCUUGCUAUCAAUUUCUAAACUGUUUAAAUCCUGAACUUUUUCAGAGCAUUGAUAUGAUGGAUAUUGUCGAAUAUCAAAGUAUAAAAAUUCAUGAUAUGAAUUAAAAAUAGAAUGUAGUGUGUAAUUUAUGAAAUCCAAUGUUCGUUUGCUAAAAUGUCCUACAGGUAACUUCUUUAUUCAAGAUGCAUUUUAAGGUUCUGAAGCAAAUUUGUAUGCGUUAAUUAAUUGUUACAUAUAGUUAGAAUAGUGGGAUCUUUGGGCAAAUUAAACGGUGCGCAAACUUGAUUUAUUGGCUUUUCCCAGUUUCCAUCACUCUUUCUAAAUUCGAACUACAUUGUACCAUUGUGAGGGCAUCAGAGAACAUUUUUUUCACAUUCUUUGGCAAAAGAGUGACGAUCGUGACACAUGUCAUCUUCGUGAAAGAAAUUUCCAGAAAUGAA